CUCUUCUCCCAGCUUCCUUUCCACGAGAUUCUCAUCUGCGACAAUCUCCUCUACUGCAUCUGCCUCCUCAUGGAGCUGGCAGCUUUGGUGCAGCUGCGGGUGACUCACCCUGAGCUGCCUCGGCCUUUCAAGAUUCCCUUGAAGAUCGUCCCCCUCGCCAUCAUGUGCAUCCUCCCUGCCUCCUUCUGCUGCUUCGUCCUCUUCACCAGCUCCGUCAAGAUCAUACUCGCCGCCCUCCUUCUCGUCGGAGUUGGGGUGAUUCUGUACGGGGUCAGAACCUUCGUCCUGGUCGAGCUGUCACUGUGUCGGAGUCACGCGAGUAACGAAACCGUCAUCAUGGCAUUGAAGUCUCAGGCUUAUUACUGCAAUGUCAUCUAUUACUAA